AUGCUCGACAGAAUAAAAGAAGUUGUGGCGGUGGCAAAUAGCCCUGUGGCUGAUGUGGUGACCAAGAAACAAGCGUUGGAAUACCUCGAUCAGGUCAAAUCGGAAGCUGGCGCCCCACAGCUCUUUUUCAAUCUGUUAAGCGAUACUAACUCAGACGAAAUAACGAAAUUUUUUGCAUUACAGGCAUUGACAGAGGUUCUCAAUGCACCAGCUACUGCUCCUCAGCAAUUGGAGUUUAUCAAGAGCGCAGUGAUGGAGUUACUGCGAGAUAAAGUUACUAAUGACGCGCGAGAUCCUGAAUACGUGAGAAAUAAGAUUGCCGAGAUGACCACAGGUUUGUUCUACAGAAUGUAUGGUGAGACCAACAAUAACAUGUGGGGGAGUUUUUUCCAGGACAUCAUAGCAAUUUUAUGUAUAGAAUGUUUAAAGAAAGGACCAGCCCAAGAAUUCUCUCCAAUAGGUUUAGAUUACUUUAAUAGAAUCUGUGGAACCAUAAACUCAGAGAUUGCGGAUCAAACGUUUGCCCGAUCCAGGGAAGCCCAGUUGAAGAAUAACAGUCUGAAAGAUUCUAUGAGAGUUCAAGAUGUGGAAAUAAUGACGACAAUUUGGUUGAACUCAUUGAAAAGUAUUGAACCACAGCAGCAACGCGAACUUGCUGUACUGACAUUAUCUUGCAUCGGUUCGUAUAUCUCCUGGAUUGAUGUUAAUUUAGUCGUCAACGAUGUCUACAUUUCGGUCAUUUAUGGAUAUCUGGAUUUCACAGCUACAAAAAUUGCAUGCGCCCAAUGCCUAUGUGAGAUAAUCUCCAAGAAGAUGAAACCCUUCGAUAAGCUGACUUUGCUCAGAAUGCUUAAUUUAACAGAUAAAGUUACGUCAAUUGAACACGACGACCUGGAGGUUUACGAACAGAUGGCCAGAUUGACGAAUGCGAUUGCGCUGGAACUCGCUAAAAUAUUUGAAACCUGCAUUGCUUCUGAACCUACAGCUGAAACCGAGGAGGUGGCUAAAACUGCAGAUAUGCAAAUAAUCAAUCAAGAGGCACCAUUACUACUGAAAUUCAUGGAGCAUGAGUACGAUACUGUGUCCCAACAAUGCUUUCCCUUCAUAUCACAAUAUCUGGCCGUGUUGAAGAAACAAUUUGCAUUGGGCGGUAAGCCCGGAUCCGCAGUGCAUAUGAACUCCAAAAGACUUCCACUUGAUGCUGCACAUCAGGACUUUUUGGCUUCACUGCUAGCAGUAGGUUUUAAGAAAAUGAGAAUAGAUGAUUCCAGCAAUGAGGAUUCUGAGGAUGAGAUUGAUGAGUUUAACGACACAGUAAGGUCGAAGUUAAAGGUCUUCCAAGAUAGCAUCGCUGUCAUUAGUCCUGCGCUUUAUCUGGAAAGCAUCUCCAACCACAUUCAAACCGAAUUGGCUGGCCCUGAUUGGAGAGACUUAGAACUUGCUAUCUACCAAAUGCAUAACCUGAGCGAAAGCAUACGAAAUAAUUUAUUUGGUAUGAGCAAAUCAGAGAUUAACGGGUCUCAAGCCACUAUGAUUAUGUCAAAAUUCAUGAGUCUUUUACUAGGGAGUUCCACCGUUUUUCAAAUGGAUGUUCCUUUUGUGCAGAUACUCUUCUUUGAGUUGGUUGUCAGACACUACCAGUUUCUGAAUUCGGAUGACAAGAAUGAAAUUGCAUUACUGAACAUUUUUUGCAGUUCUUUUGGAAUGUUCAACAAGAGGGAGAAAGUCCGCUUAAGGACUUGGUAUCUAUUCACAAGACUCAUUAAGAUCACAAAGCCAAAGUUGACGGUCGAAAUAUUAUCACAAAUUAUUGGCAAGAUCUCCGCCCUAUUAAGCGUGAAAGUCAUGGUUAACAACCAAGAGGGCAUAGAGGAAGAUGCAACGUUCGACAGUCAGCUAUACCUUUUUGAAGGCAUAGGCCUGCUAAUUGGUGCAAAUUCGGACUGCAACUACGACAUAAUUGACGAAGUUUUGACGCCUCUAUUUACGGACUUAGAGGCAUGUAUUUCGGCCCAAACCCAAAAUCCUGCAACAGUUUUGCAGGCGCAUCAUCUUUUGAUGGCAAUCGGUACGCUAGCAAGAGGUGUCCACGGCGGCCUUGUGCCAGAGAACCAGGUCAAUAACUCACUUGUUAAUAAAAAACUCAUACAACGGUCGCUGGUGGAAAAAUUCUCAAACAUUGCAGAGGUUGUCCUGGUAUCAUUUUCGUUCUUCAGUAAGCAUGAGAGUGUCAGAGAUGCCUCAAGAUUUACGUUUGCUCGCUUGACACCGGUUUUAAACAAUGAGAUUGUUCCGUACGCUAGCAAACUGAUUGUACUGUUUUUGGACUCAGACUUAACGACAGUAGAGAUGAACGAUUUUCUGGGAUUUCUGGGGCAAAUGAUUCACAUGUUCCAUACAGAGGAGGGUUGUUACCAACUAUUUGAUAAUCUGCUCGUGCCAGUUAUAAAUAAAGUGCAUGCUAGCAUGACUCAGAUUGAUAGUGAAGAAGCACUUGAGACUCCCGGAUGGCAUGCCAACGGUGGAAGCAACUCGAUGACUCGCCCUGGUAAAAACGUGGUCGUGACAAAUUCGUUUAGGGACAAAAUAUUACUAAAGAAGGCCUACUACGCUUUUUUGCAAUCUUUUGUGCACAACUCAGUCACCUCUCUGCUGCUCAGUGAAAGAAACAGGGGAAUCUUAUCCAUGAUCCUCGAAGAUCUAUUAACAUACAUGCCUCAAGAAGUGCAGGAGACAUCCACUAUCAAGCUAGCCCUCAACGUUCUCGCCAACCUGGUCAGAAGUUUUGGGUCUGGGAAAUGCACAGACGAAAAAGACACGCAUGCAGCCGAGAUCGAAAAGCUCGAGGGCCUCAAUGAGUUUCUUAUCACCAAGAUUGUGCCGCUCGUCUUUGAGAUUCCCUUCAAGCCUGAGAACAAGUUCAACAUCAAAGAUGGGAGCUGCCGAGUAGUAGCAUGCGAUCUAUCGAGACUCCUGAGAGAGAUAUAUUUGCAGAGCGGUGCUGCUGGCACCGCUGCCACCGAUAAUCCCUGUUUGAAGUACAUGAUUGAAGUCUAUUUUCCGCAGAUCCAGUUUCCUUCUGACAUGGGCCUGCAAUUUGCCCAGGCGCUGGCUACCUCGGAUGCAAAAUCCUUCGAAAAGUAUUACGUCGACCUCAUAGGUUCGCUCUCAAAUUGA